CCUCGUGUCGAGCAUGCGUACAAGACAGACAGGUUUAUCCACUCUAAAGAAGUCUUAACGGGGAUUUAAGGACAGGACAGAGGAUAAGGACAGGGUUUAUAACCCAACGCUGAAGUGGCACAGAUUGUUUUAGUACACGGUUAAAAUUGUAGGGUUUAAAAUGGGUCCUACAGUUCAGUAUGAGACAGAAACAGGAGCCAGAGCAUCUUCUCUAGAGGCUGAGCUCAGAGAGACCCUGCAGAAGAGGAUCAUGGUCCUGGAUGGGGGAAUGGGUACCAUGAUUCAGAAGAGGAACCUACAGGAAGAUGACUUUCGAGGUCAGGAGUUUCAAGAUCAUCCACGAAGUUUAAAAGGCAACAACGAUCUGCUGAGCAUCACCAAGCCUGAGGUCAUCUACGAUAUCCACAAGGAGUACUUGCUUGCUGGAGCAGAUAUCGUCGAGACAAACACAUUCAGCAGUACACGGGUUGCUCAGGCAGACUACGGGCUUGAGGAGCUGGCCUAUAGGCUUAACAAGGUGUCGGCGGAAUUAGCCCGGAAGGCCGCUGAUGAAGUUUCCGCCAAGACAGGUGUUAAACGGUACGUGGCUGGAGCUGUAGGUCCGACCAACAGAACUCUCUCUGUCUCGCCGUCAGUGGAAAGACCAGACUUCAGAAACAUCACAUUUGAUGAACUGGUUGAGGCAUACACAGAGCAGGUUCAAGGACUGCUGGAUGGAGGCUCUGACAUCCUGCUGGUGGAAACCAUCUUCGAUACAGCUAAUGCAAAGGCUGCUCUGUUCGCUAUUGAUAAACUGUUUGAGGAGUCGUAUGAACCGAGACCCAUAUUCAUCUCUGGAACAAUUGUGGACAAGAGUGGCCGUACACUAUCAGGACAGACGGGAGAGGCUUUUGUCAUCAGCGUGUCUCAUGUAAAGCCACUCUGUAUUGGUUUGAACUGUGCUCUGGGAGCCACUGAAAUGAGGCCAUUUAUCGAAGCGAUCGGAAAGAGCACCGGGGCUUUCAUCAUAUGUUACCCCAAUGCAGGUCUCCCCAACACAUUUGGAGACUAUGAUGAAACCCCAGAGUGCACUGCUACAUAUAUGAAGGAGUUCGCGACAGACGGUUUGGUGAAUAUUGUUGGUGGCUGCUGUGGAACGACACCAGACCACAUACGGGCGAUUGCUGAGAAAGUGAAACCAUGCCAGCCCAGAGUUCCUCCAACAGACGUGUUCAGCGAUUACAUGCUGCUUUCUGGUCUGGAGCCAUUUCGAAUCGGGCCGUACACCAACUUUGUCAACAUCGGUGAGCGCUGCAACGUGGCUGGUUCACGCAAGUUCGCCAAACUCAUCAUGGCUGGGAAUUAUGAGGAGGCUUUAAGUAUAGCUAAAGCACAAGUAGAAAUGGGUGCUCAGGUCCUGGAUAUCAACAUGGAUGAGGGGAUGCUGGAGGGACCCGUUGCCAUGGCACGCUUCUGCAAACUCAUUGCCUCUGAGCCUGACAUUGCCAAAGUACCUCUGUGUAUCGACUCGUCCAAUUUCGCAGUGAUCGAGGCAGGUCUGAAGUGCUGCCAGGGCAAAUGCAUUGUCAACAGUAUCAGCCUGAAGGAGGGAGAAGAAGCCUUCCUCAGACAAGCCAAACAAGUGCAUCGCUACGGAGCCGCCGUCGUCGUUAUGGCCUUCGAUGAAGAAGGGCAGGCUACUGAAAUCGAUCAGAAGGUUCAGAUCUGCACAAGAGCCUAUCACCUCCUUACUAAAAAGGUGGGGUUUAACCCCAACGAUAUUAUCUUUGACCCCAACAUCCUGACCAUCGGCACCGGCAUGGAGGAGCACAACUUGUACGCUAUCAACUACAUCAAAGCCACACGGGCUAUAAAGGAAACUUUACCUGGAGCCCGAAUCAGUGGUGGUCUGUCUAACUUGUCCUUCUCUUUUCGAGGCAUGGAGGCCAUCAGGGAGGCCAUGCAUGGAGUUUUCCUUUACCACGCUAUAAAGGAAGGGAUGGACAUGGGGAUCGUGAAUGCAGGUUCUCUGCCUGUGUAUGAUGACGUUGAUAAAGAGCUGCUCCUGCUGUGUGAAAAUCUCAUCUGGAACCGAGACCCAGAGGCCACAGAAAAGCUUCUUCUGUAUGCUCAGAACAAUGUUAAAGGAGGGAAGAAGGUGAUUCAGACAGAUGAGUGGAGAAAAGGAAGUGUGGAGGAGAGAUUGGAGUAUGCACUUGUCAAGGGAAUAGAGAAGUUUAUAGUCGAGGACACAGAGGAGGCUCGAGCUCAGACAGAUCGCUAUUCCCGAGCACUCCACAUCAUCGAGGGGCCGCUCAUGAAUGGCAUGAAGACCGUGGGAGAUCUAUUUGGAGCUGGCAAGAUGUUCCUGCCACAGGUGAUUAAAUCAGCUCGUGUAAUGAAGAAAGCAGUGGCCUAUCUGAUUCCCUUUAUGGAGAAAGAGAGGGAAGAGAUGAUGGCUAUAUCUGGAGUGCCUGAUGAUUCGGAUCCUUAUCAGGGCACAAUAGUUCUGGCUACGGUAAAGGGGGACGUCCAUGACAUCGGCAAGAACAUUGUGGGAGUUGUGCUGGGAUGCAACAACUUUCGGGUGAUCGAUUUAGGAGUGAUGAUUCCAUGUGAUCAGAUCCUGAAAGAGGCCGUUGACAAGAAAGCAGAUAUUAUCGGUUUGUCGGGCCUCAUCACUCCGUCCCUUGACGAGAUGAUUCAUGUAGCAAAGGAGAUGGAACGUCUGGGCAUGAAAACCCCUCUGCUGAUCGGAGGAGCCACAACAUCAAAGACUCACACAGCAGUAAAGAUUGCCCCUCGAUACACGUCUCCUGUCAUUCAUGUUCUCGAUGCGUCUCGUAGUGUCGUCGUGUGUUCGCAGCUGUUGGAUGAAGGGAUAUGUGAGGAUUUCUUCGAGGAGGUAACAGAGGAGUAUGAAGAGAUCAGGCAGGAUCACUACGACUCUCUUAAGGAUAGACGGUACAUGUCUCUUGCACAGGCAAGGGAAAAAGGCUUACACAUCGACUGGCACUCCCAGCCACCACCAGUUCAGCCACAGUUCCUGGGCACUCGUGUGUUCGACACAUAUGACCUGAGGAAGCUGGUGGACUUUAUUGACUGGAAGCCCUUCUUUGAUGUGUGGCAGCUGAGGGGGAAAUAUCCUAACCGGGGGUACCCCAAAAUCUUUAAUGAUAAAACUGUGGGAGAAGAGGCCAGACGUGUGUUUGACGAUGCUCUGAGGCUUUUGAACAGGCUGAUUGACAGUAAAGGUCUGCAAGCAAGAGGCAUUGUGGGCUUCUGGCGUGCACAAAGCCACAAGGAUGACAUUCUUGUAUACACUGAUGAUGUCACUCCAACCUUAUCUAACCAUACUGCUACCUUCUCCGGGCUUAGGCAGCAGGCAGAGAAAGACUCCGCGAGUUCGGAGCCGUACCUCUGUUUGGCAGAUUUUGUCGCUCCGUUGGAAAGCAGAGUGCAGGACUACGUGGGACUCUUUGCUGUUGCUGUGUUUGGUGCCGAAAAGCUCAGCCAAGAUUUUGAGCGGCAAGGCGACGAUUACAGCAGCAUCAUGGUGAAAGCUCUCGCUGACAGACUUGCAGAGGCGUUUGCUGAGGACCUCCAUGCCCGUGUGAGGAGGGAGUUUUGGGGUUACAUUGAGGAGGGAGGUCUGCUGGCCAGCGACCUGCACAAGCUGCGUUACUCUGGCAUUCGGCCUGCUCCAGGCUAUCCUAGCCAGCCUGACCAUACCGAGAAACGCACCAUGUGGAGACUCGGCCAAAUUCAGGAGAAAACUGGUAUUGGUCUAACUGAAUCACUUGCCAUGACUCCAGCUGCGGCUGUAUCCGGUCUUUACUUCUCCAACCCCAAAUCCACAUACUUUGCUGUUGGCAAGAUCACCAAAGAGCAGGUGGAAGAUUAUGCCAGGAGGAAGGAGAUUUCUGUGACUGAGGCAGAGAAGUGGUUGGCACCCAACCUGGCCUACGACACUGAUUAAGCCACAUGACCACAAAGAUGACACUUGAUCAGAAUGGUUUCAAUUGUGGACCUUGACACUAGGUUAACCAAAUUUUUACAAUAGUAAAACUAUUGUUUUAUUUAUUUUUAACAAUAACACUCUUGUUUUUGUCUCCGUUAAAUUCUGUAAAUUAUAUUUUUGCCAUUUUAAUCUAUAAAUUUAAAAAUUACACCUUCAAUAUAAGGUAUUAUACAAUUAUAAUAAUUGAGUGCAUUAUCUAAAUGUAAAAGUGUGAGAUGUCUAUGGAAAAGACAUGGAAAAUGUUUUCCAAAGUUAUCCCUUUUGAAGGGAUUUUCCCAGGUUAUUUCUAACGCCAGACAAAUGUUUACAAUCUCCAAAGAUGCUCAAAGUGGAAAAAAAAAUUCCACUUAACGGUUUCAUGUUGUAUAGUUGAACAUGCCUUAAAAAUGUCUAAGUUAGACAUGUCUUUAUAGUAAGCAAACUGUCUUAGAAUAAAAUACAAGAACGACAUUGUAUUUUUUUUUUUUUUUCUGGAUUUAAAUUAAAAGUCAUCGAUAGCGA